CACGACUGUCUUUACACAUGGAAUCCACGAAAACAGCAGGUCUGUCGUAAAGACAACUGAUGCGCCUCUCUCCUUCAGAGGAGCCGUUCCUGCGGCAUGUGGAGAAGGACGUGCUGAUUCCCAAACUGAUGAGGGAGAAGGCCAAGGAGCGCUGUGCGGAUCAGGUCCAAGCGUUCAACCACUGCUGCAAGGAGAGCGGGUUCCUGAUGGUGAUGAAGUGCCGGGAGGAGAACGCCGCCCUGAAGGAGUGCCUGACCAAGCACUACACUGAUCCGACGUUUUUUGAAGAAUGCAAACAGGAGUAUAUACAAGAGAAGCUGGAGUUUGAAAGGACUGGGAUACCAGCAAAGAACAGGAAAGAGAAAUUGCCUACCAGCAUGUAGGGGCCUCAGCCUUCUGUUGCACAGGGGGCCCAGGGUGUGGGUGUGGGGGGUGCGUGUGUGUGAGUGUGUGAGUGUGUGAGUGUGUGAG